AGGUAUCGAUCUCCUUUCUUGCGUCUUUGUUCGUAGUAUCGGCCCUGAUCUGGCGGAGAGGUCGGGAGAGUAUGAAUCUACAAACGAGUGCUGCCUUUCUGCUGCAUAGCCAAGCGGGAAUAUCGUGUCGCUCGGAAGUUGUAAGCCUAGCACUCAAUCAAACUUCCGCCUCUACUUUCCCACCUCACGACGUUCCGGCGCAGUUCUACCGCCUGCAAGUGGAAGUGCUCACCGCAGACUUGGUUCCUGCACCCAUUGCUGAAGACGACCGGUAAUGGCCCCGCUCUUCAACACCCUGGUCCGGUACCGUGGCUUGUACUUCAGCAACUACCAGGCUGCCCCUAGCUUCCGGGACAUCGCGGGCUACCAUCUCAUGCUCACCAUCCCGCGGGAGCCUCCCCCCUUUGCCGAAUGGCUCGCGCGCAAAUGCGAGGAACUGGAUAGCCGUCUCGCGGCUUCGGGUGUCGCGAAGAAGCUGCCGUACGGGGGGAACUACAGCCAGACCACCCAGAUGGUCACGGAGACUCGCCCGGACUUUGGGCGGACGUGGAUGGACUGGACGUAUGAGCUAGACCUCGACACGCUCGUGUUCUCCUUCAUGGCGGAGCCGAUGUUCCGCCUGGACCAGAUGCCUCCCGCAGAUGAGUGCGAGCGGUACAUCACACAGGAUCACUACGGCCUCUGGACGUGUGCGCCCGACCUCCCCGAGAGGCACAGCUAUCGCGCGAACUGGCUGCAGUCCCCUCCGGCACAAGCCACGCAGAGCUCUUCUGUCAAUGUCCGGAUGAAUAUUCCCGUUGACGAGCUGCUAGGCACGUCAACAGACCGCCCAGACAGCGAGCGCGUCUGCACGCGGCUAUACGAGGUCAUCGUCGGGCAAUAUUUUCGCGAAUAUCAUCAUGGCUUCCACCAAUGCUGUCGUCCUGGUGCGGAAGACGACAGCGACGACGCAGCGCAGCUAAGAAAGAUGCUGCUGCACCUCCUCUGGCCAGCCGUGACGCCAAUGAUUCAUAAAUCGGAGAGCCCGUAUAGAAUUGAGGAUCAGCGGGGUCGGGAGCGACGUUGGCUGCGUAGCGACGUAUUCUUGCAGGUCUGCGUCAAUUUGCGGUCAGAGGCCGCCUUGCAUUCUGUGGCUCGAUCGUUAGUCACGGAGCUGCAUAGCAAAGGCGCAAAUCACAACAAGAUAUACGGAGUCCUUUUCUCCGGUAAUUACCUCGCGAUCGCGUGUUUCGACAAACUUCAAGGACUCUCGCAGCAGAUAUAUCAAGUGUCAUGCUCAGCGAUUCUGCGAUUCCUUCCGGACCGCUUCGGCAUGUACCCUUCGAGCCCUGGAAUCGACGCACUCGUCCGUCUGGGACAGGCCCCAUGCGCGGCGUUGGACUCCUCUAUCCUCUACCGCCUUCACGCAGAUAUCGAGCCUGCCGCGCAGGUACCAAGCCCUCUCCUUUCAGUCCAUGCCACACCCGGUCGUGGGUCGCUCCUGAAGCUCCCUCACGAGCUCCUGUCGUUCAUUGUCGACCAUCUCGACGACGGCGACCUACACAAUUUCGCCACCGUCUCGCGCCAAACCAACUUCGCCGUCUGCGGGACUCGGCGUAUCCGGUAUCCAGUCAUCGACCGGCACCACCGGUUGGUCCGAGUGCGGCCUUUGCACUUCGAACCGCAGAUCCUGCCAAACGGCGACGUCCUGCGGUCGGAGGAGUUCCACGAGCUGGUGUCGGCGGCGUUCGUCACCGAGGACGACAAGGUGCUCCUGCUCGGGUUCAACCCCGGCAUCGACAUCUACCUGCUGCAGCUCAAUUCCAUGGCAUGCUGGGGCUCGGGGACGUUGGCGAUGCCGCACGUUCUGGGGAGGCAGAUCCGCAUACCGUACAUGGUCCUCGACAAAGCAGCCGUGGCGGAUCUCGAAAGCGACGCGACUGCUGAGAAUCUGUUAGGUCGCAUAUGCAGGCGGGGCUCACGGGUCUGGGGUCAGGUCCAGGCAGACGAGGACGAUGACCUCUGACUUUAUGGGUCCUCACUAUCGACGAGAGAUUGACUGCGUACACAUCUGCUAUUGGUCGAUAGUCGGAGACUUUUACGUCGCAACAAAGAACCCCAUUGAAUACAAAUGUUAGCCAAUGCUCACAAUGCAAUUGUCCGUUUGGAAUAAUAAGCACUCACGUACCUGAAUUCGUUGUUCCC